AAGGGAAGUUUGUUUAUGAUUUUCACUACUUGUGAGCCUUGCACGUGCCAAUAUGUGAUACACGGCUAAUUUUUUGAAUAUACAGGUUUUAGCUUAAUGAAUCGAAUUUUUUUUUCGAUAACAUUAUUUGUCAGCACGAUAUCCAUCACAACAGGACUUCUACAUAGAUAUUAUGAGUGAACCGCUUUCCGAGUUUGGCGAAGUUGAGAAACCCGUAUAAAUAGUUAGUUGGGAUGUUAAUAAACAUUUUUUGCAAUUGUGUUCAAAAUUGUAUGAUAUAAAGAUCGGUUGUUUUAUCCAGACGUACCGUGACAUUGUUUCAAGAAGUACUGAGACGCCACAAUAUGUCGUCGAGCAUCUUGAGCCAACUGUGUAUGGGCAUUUCGCUUAAAAGAAAAGUGCCAGAAUCAGAAAGCCAGCCAAGGAAGCCUGUCGAAGUCUGUACAAAUACCAAAGAGUUGGACCCUCGUAGGCUAAAAGCGAAACCCGAAAAAGUUCAAAACAGAUUGCGUACACAUUAUGGCAUUGGUGUUUGGGGCGACGAUAUUCCUGCUCUGCUAACAGAGUUUGCCGAGUUACGAACUCGGUAUGGCUGUUCUAAACAGCUAUUGGAUAACGUGGCUGCCUGUGGCUAUGAUCGUCCGACAUCUGUACAGAUGGCCAUUAUUCCCGCCAUGCUCGAGCGACGAGAGGUUCUCGCUUGUGCCCCGACAGGUUCGGGCAAAACUGCGUCUUUCUUAAUACCACUCAUACAUUUGCUACGCGAACCAUCGACAGAAGGCUUUCGAGCCAUCAUCGUCUGUCCAACAAGAGAAUUAGCUAAGCAAACCUAUAGUGAAGCCAUGCGAUUGGCAGAGGGCUCCGGCCUUCGUAUCUAUGUGCUUUCAAAGACAUCAAAUGCUCAGAGAAGGUUCUCUUCAAAAAUGUAUGCAAGCUUGGAUAUAAUGGUGACAACUCCCAAUCGGCUGGUAUGGAUCUUACGUGAAACGGACCUAUCACUCGCUCGAAUACAAUAUCUUGUUAUUGACGAGAGCGAUCGACUUUUUGAAACUGGUAAAACGGGUUUUCGGGAUCAACUUGAGAAGAUUUACGCUGCUUGCAUAAGUGGACAGCUUCGAAGGGCAUUUUUCUCAGCUACAGCCAGCAAGGACCUUGAUAGGUGGUGUCGCCUUCAUCUGGAUUCGCCAAUCGCGGUGGCGAUUGGCGCGAAGAACUCUGCCACAAAGCAGGUCGAUCAGAAGCUCGUUUUUGUUGGAAACGAUAACGGCAAGCUCUUUGAGUUGAGGCAGAUCAUCCGGAGCGGUGUGAAACUCCCAGUAUUGGUAUUUACUGAAACGAAAACAGCUGCCCAGCAAUUAUACGAGCAUUUGGCAUUGGAUGGUUUAAGUGUUGAUGUGUUACACGCGGGAAGAACACCUAGUGAUCGAGAUCGUAUUAUCGACAAUUUCCGACUUGGUAAAAUCUGGGUGCUCGUCUGUAGUGAACUUGCGGGCCGUGGAAUUGAUUUCAAAGGUGUUGAAUUAGUUAUAAAUUACGAUUUUCCUCAAACUACAGCAGCGUACAUUCAUCGCGUUGGCCGGACAGGACGAGCAGGUUGCACUGGUCGUGCCCUCACUUUUUUCACCGAAUAUGAUGCACCUAAACUUCGUGAAAUUAUUCAGGUGGUGCGAAAGGCCGGCUGUGAAGUGCCUGAAUAUAUGUUGAAACUUAACACUAAACGAUUGAAAAAUAAGCUCAAGGUUAAGCGUGAGAAACGACAAAAAAUGAAAAAGAAGACGUCCGAGAAGAAUCUCGACGAAAAAUUCGCUGAGAAGAAAAGGCAAAACCGUAAGCUGAAAAGGCUUCAAACCGGCCCCAAGAAAGACCGGGCUUUGGAAUCAUCUACGGAUAACGUGAGUGCCUCAAAUAGAAACUGCGAACAGGGCAAGCCAUCAAAAAAAUCCUUUCAAGAAUGGAAAACAAAAGCAGGUGGUGAAUACAAGUGUACACAGAAGCACCCUGGUCAAAAGCAAGAAAGUCUAUUCCUUGAUAGGAUUGCUCAAUCAAACGAAUAGUAGCAAACCUGUAUAUUUUCAUAAGCAGCGAUAGCGUUUAUUUUGUACAUAUAGUACAUGUAUAAAGCAUAAAUAAAGAUGAAACGUGUC